AUGAACAACUCCAAGGCCGCCUCUCUUGCUGCUCGUUUGGUCGAAAAUAACCAUCCAGGCCGGUUGAGGCAUCGCGAUGAGGAAGAUGACGACGACGAAGCCUUGUUUGCAGAACUGGAAGAGGAGAUCGAGAACGACACCAAUGCUUCCGUCAGAGAGCAUGGUCUUCAGGUUCUCAAGGCAGAAAUGGAGCGAAUGAAGCAUAAAAAGGCGAACCACUAUGGCGAAUAUACAGAGAUUACGGACGAGAAGGAGGUGGUUCAAGUGAGUGCACGUGAACCGAGAUGCGUUGUUCAUUUCUAUCACACGAAGUUUAAACGAUGUGAGAUAAUGGACAAACACCUUGCCAAACUGGCACCGAAAUAUACAAAUACGCGAUUCUUCCGGGUCUUCGUCGAGAACAUUCCAUGGCUUGUCGAAAAGCUCUUCAUUAAAGUUUUGCCCUGUGUUAUCUGUUUUGUCGACGGUAUAGCUAAGGAUCGAUUGGUCGGAUUCGAAGAAUUAGGCAAUGAUGAUAUGUUCAGCACGGCAGUUCUUGAGCUACGCCUGGCGCAGUCAAAUGCUAUUCAGAAAUCAAGUGGUAAUGCUCUAGAACCACUUUUCAAAGUAUCUUCUUCGCGUAGACAGGAGCAAAAGGAUGACGACGACGAGUUUGAUAUGUAA